AUGGCAAAUGCUACCAAGAGGGCACUUGUUAGAACGUCCACCUUUCUGCUUUUGUUAGCUCAUGCUCUUGGUGAAGUGAGCCACCGGUUUGACGACAACGUCCUCGAUACUUUCGACAUAUUGCGAUUUUUCGACCGUGGCGUAGCCAUAUACGACGUGGACGGUGAUGGAGACCUCGACUGCGUUACUGCUGUUCGAACCGAAUUUAUUGAGGAACCCCUAGGAGCAACAUAUGUUCUGCUCUUCAAAGGCCUUGGCGGGAACCAACCACGCAACAUAACAAUUCACGCCACACCAGGACCGACACCUGAGACAGAUCGCUUUAAGAUUGAUGAUGAUUAUGAUUUCGUGCAAGAAGGCCAAUUUUACUACACAAACUACAAAAACUGUGUCGUGAUGGAGCAUCCAUAUGAAGGUGUCCGCGAGUGCCUACUGUGGACCAUGACGAAAACAUUUCAUGACAUCCCCGACGACUGCAUGACCGUGUACAAGAACACAUGCAAAGAUGCGAUGAAGCCCUAUGACAAAGAAAGCUGCUCGGAAAUAUUUCACUAGGAACACAAUUUCUUGGGAAUAAACUCACACUGAUAAACUGUAAUUUUUCAGUAAGAUCAAGAGAAUAGAG